AUCUUUAACUCAUGGUGAUGGAGAGAAAAGGAAAGGUGAAUUGUUGCAAAGACAUGUGAAGGCAACUUGUAGGGUAAGUCAUUUAGCUGCAUUUUUAUAGUUGUAGAGGGUGGAGUCAUUUUUUAGGAUUAAUGGUAAAAUUUACAUUGAUACGUUUUUGUUGUUAUUGUUCAUUAUUCAGCCAGCUAAUACAAGUUGUCGCGUAGAGUCGUUUGGUAGAAUAUGCUAAAAGUUAGACGAGCAACGAAAGGCUUGGGUUUGUGAAAUGGGGUUUGAUGGUCUGUUAAAAAUUGGAGAGAUUAACCUUCCACGGCAGUUGGCGUAUUGGUUGAUGACUCGCAUAGAUCCCUUCAACUGCGCUCUUACUAGUAGAGAUGGUAGAGUGUUCAGGCUUUCUCAAAAUCAGGUGCAUUGGGUCCUUGGUAUUCCCGAUGGGGGACUUCUUGUUCCCACAUACCAAACAUUGGAUAGAGAAAAGUUGGAAAGGGUGAAAAGUAUUAUUGAUAGGUAUGGUAAAACCUGGAAAACUAAGUCGAAUAGAAUUGGCCGUGAGUUCAAGACUGUAUUCUUGUUGUUGGCGCUGGAAAGGGUGAAAAGUAUUAUUGAUAGGUAUGCUAACUUAGUGACGUCAUUAACGUGUGAUGCAAAGGCUGCUGAAUAUGAAUGGUGUAGCCUAGUUUUGAAGAAGCUCAUGGAUAGUGUUGCGAUGUUUGCGCGUCGUUUUUACUCAUGUGGAUAUGCUAGUGGAUGUGCAGGUUGCCUAAUAUAUAUUGUGGUUAUGUAUUUGGAUCGGCUAGAUAGACAUCCUGUGCAUUGGGGUUAUUUCCCCCGGUUGGAGGUUUGGAAAAUGGAAGAGAUACGUAUAGCUGUUGUAGAAGAUCGUUUCCCAAACGGUGGUGAUUUUGGAAAGCUUGGGACUUUGGAUGUUGCUUAUGGUGAAUUUCAUCCUACUAAAGCAAGGGAUACAAAUGGGCCUGAGGGGUUUAAAAAGUUUCAGAUUGGUGUAACUACUAGUGUUUGUUAUAGGAGUAAUGGAACACGAAAAACCACCUCAAAAACUAAGCGUCCUAGGAGAACGAAUGUUCAAAAUUUGAGUACUCAAAUUGAUUGUAUAUAUAGGGAUGAAUGUAAACGGGAAAAAGCAAGCAGUUUUCCUGGUGAAGAGAAUAUGGCUGUGAUGAACAGUUAUGAUGUGUCAUCGUUUAAGAUUGAUAUGUUGAAGAGAUAUUUGAAGUGA